AUGUCGCCUUUCAACCUGGAAAAAUGUGCCAGGCCUAAUAUCCUGGCCCUGCAGCCAUACCGUUGUGCCAGAGAUGACUACAAGGAUGACGGCAAGAAUAUCCUCCUAGAUGCCAAUGAGAACGCAUUCGGUCCUUCUCUCCAGUCAGAUGUUCCCAAGGGCGCUGUUGACAUUGACUUCCUCGGCCUCCACCGGUACCCUGACCCUCACCAGGCAGAGCUCAAGCAGCUUCUGUGCAAUCUUCGCAAUACUCACGUACACACUUCCAAGAACCUGACGCCCGAAAACCUCUUUGUCGGGGUUGGCAGCGAUGAAGCUAUCGACGCUCUCCUUCGAUGCUUCUGCAUCCCUGCCAAAGACCGCAUCCUCGUGUGCCCGCCUACCUACGGCAUGUACUCCGUCUCUGCGCAGGUUAACGACGUCGGCCUCGUUAAAGUCCCACUCCAGCCGGCGCCCGAAUUCGGCCUCGAUACCCAAGGCAUCUGCGAUGCUUUGAGCAGGGAAAAGGAUGUCAAACUCGCCUACCUUUGCAGCCCCGGGAACCCCACCGGCAGCCUGCUAGCUAAAGAAGACGUUCAAAAGAUUCUCGAGCACCCUACAUGGAAUGGGGUCGUGGUCCUGGACGAGGCCUACAUCGACUUCGCUCCCGAAGGCAGCUCGCUUGCUGAAUGGGUCACCGAGUGGCCCAACCUUGUCGUCAUGCAGACGCUGUCCAAGGCCUUUGGCAUGGCUGGCAUCCGGUUGGGUGCUGCCUUCACAUCGGAGCCCAUUGCCCGCCUAUUGAACAGUCUUAAGGCCCCUUACAAUAUCUCCAGCCCGACGAGUGCGCUGGCCUCGUAUGCUGCCUCUGAGAAGGGUUUGCAAGUGAUGCGGGCCAACAGAACCAAAAUCUGUGCCCAGAGAGACCGCCUUCUGGCUGAGCUUCCCAAGAUCAACGGAGUUGGUCGCCUGCGAGGUGGCGAGGCGAGCAAUUUCUUGCUUUUCGAGAUCUUAGAUACGGCUGGCAAUCCGGACAACGUGACUGCGCUAGCAGUCUACGAACGUCUCGCUGAGACCAAGGGUGUCGUUGUACGAUUUAGGGGGAAAGAGCACGGCUGUCAGGGAUGCCUCAGGAUCACGGUCGGCACGGAAGAGGAAGUGACGCGAUUUAUUGGAUCCAUAGAGCGCACUCUUGUCGAGGUCCGCGGUGUUGGCGAGCAGAAGAACGAAGAGCAGAAGGAGGCGGCGGCUAGCGGUAUCGUCGCUUAG